AUGCACUUCACACUUUUGGCAUUGAUGGUUGCAGGUGCUGAGGCAGGGGCCUGCACCCCUGUGGACUCCUGUCCAAAGCUCUCUGACGGGCUCUACUGUCCUGUCAAUGACGUCACGGAACAUGCAGACAUCAAUCGGGAUGUGGCGCUCAUUAAGUCGUACUUGGAUGAGACUCCCCUGAACUAUGCCAUGGCCAAGGAGGUCUAUACGAUGGGCAACUUCUCUUCCAAGGGCGCAGGGAACAUGCGAACUCUUCAAGACCUGGCGCAGAAGGACAUGACCGUCGGUGGAAAGUACACCAACGUUUUCUACAGCGGUGCCGUCAGCUUGUAUGGCUCAACGAAUGCUGUGUGGCAUGACUACAUCAUCGCAUGCUUGGAUGGGACCGGUGUCUGCAACGGUAAGACCGACUCCUUCCGGCAGUACGUUGUCAACAAGGCUCUCAUAGGAGUCGUCACCGCCUAUGCCACCUACGAGUUCGGUGCUGCUGUUUGGAAAGGUGCAAAUGGGGAAACUGCAGAUACUCAGGCAGCCUAUGCUUGGGACGAGGGUGCUGCCUUCUACAUCGGUAACAUCGCUCCAGUGCUUGGCGAUGGCUACACAGGAUCUGCGCCCGGAAACCUUUAUUCGCCCUACGAGUUCAACUGGAAGCGCGAUAUCGACUUUCCUGAUGGCACCUCGACGCACACGGAGGCCGUCCCGAUUCUGAACUAUGGGCUCAUUAACCUGCGCGGAGCUGCCUACACUGCUGCCAACGUGAAAGCAGCAGAGUUAGGCAUGUACAAGAUUUUCUCCAUUGCUGCCAUCCGGAGCGCCAUCAAGUAUGCCUGGAAGGCCUAUAACGGCGGCACCAUGGAGCCCAAGUAUCUGGCUGAGGGCUGGGCCUACUGGCGCAGCGCUUCCGGCUACAUGUCGACCUUCAACGCCACGACUGUGCAGGCCGUGGAUGCGCUCUUUGACUUGAACCUCACAACCGUGCCGGAAAACACAGCCUGCACCGUGAAGACGCUGGUGGAGUCCUUGUACCCGGAUCUCGGCAUCACGUGCGCUAUGGUCGGGAAGUGGAAAGAUGCACCAGCAGGGGGUUGUUUGGACUCCGUGUGUAGCGACACGGGCAACUCCGCGACGCUGCUGAACGGCUCAACCGCCUUUCCGGAUAUGUGCAAG